UGUCACUUUGUUGUUUACACUGGCUUGACAUUUCUCUGUAAGUUGUUCAAGUCCGGCAUGUUGUAAAUGUUCAGUGUGUCCAGACAGCGGCAUGUCGCUAGUACAGGUGAUGCGGUGGACCCUGUACGUGCUGCUCUCUCCAGCAAGUGUGCACAGCUCACCUAGCGGCUGGUUUACCUUUUUCUCGGAACCCAUGUCCUGGAACGAAGCUUUCACCGUGUGUUCAGAUCGAGAGGAACGUCUACUCCACGUCAACAGCGUCCAUAAACAAGUCGAUAUGACGGACACGAUCAACAAACUCGCUAAUCAAGGCCAUUUAACGGGACCGCUGUGGCUAGGUGCUUUUAGAACAUUAGGACCACCUCCGACCACCUUGUGGACAGACUGUAGUCCCGCCCAACUCUCACCCUGGCAAAAUGUCUCCUAUACCAGAGACAGGUUGUGUGGAGAAGUACACGACGAUACCUUCUCGUGGCAAAGCUGUAACGUGCAUCAUCAGUUCAUCUGUGAAACUCAUCCUGAUCAAUGUUGGUAUGAUAAAACCAGUGACCAUGACCUGGCGUCCGGCAAGGGUCACACCGGCAAGAAGGUGAGCAGUGCCGCGUGCGGUAACUACUGUAUGACGUUUGAACUGCAAACAGUGAACUUUGACUUCUUGUGUGCUGCCUACAGCUUCAACAAGGUGACACUGGACUGCUUCAUUGACAUGAAGUCCGACUUGUACGAUCCUGGCCUGUCGCCAUCCCUCACGGCCAACCCUGAGAUGGAGGUGAACGUCAAACGAUGCUUCAGAUUGAACAUUUCCUCAUCGUCUGCUGCUCGGCUGGAUUCCCGCUUGCUGCCUGAGAACCCUUGCACUACUCACGUCGUGUUGGCGUCUACAACUUACACCAGUAUCUCCAGCAGUGACGACAUCAGCGACGUCACACAAUCAGCAUCCGCCGCUGCCCAUGUUAGUAUUUUGGUCACGCCUGUCCCCGACCUCAGCGCAGUGUCGACGGUAGGGGCGAGAGUCGACAUUACCACUGCAGUCUCUGUGGCCGAAACCACCGUCCAAGGAUUGACCACUGUCCCUAUUGUAGAUAAUAGUAAUUUCAUGUCGCAUGAAUCAGAAUCUUCAGACAUUUCCCCGAAUUUCACCCCUGUGUUUCAAAGUGACAACUUUGGACAUUCGCUGUACUCGAACGCAGCACACGCUCUGAUGACAAGCAGCAGAUAUCAAUCACUAUCGUCCGCCUCCACAGCUCAGCACGUAACUGGCACACCUUCCCCAUCAGAACCUGCGUCAGUGUCCCGCGUGACACAAGGAACCACCAAAUUACCGCCAUUGUCGCUGGGUGACUCCGCACUGAUCACUUCAGCUCCCUCUCGACAGGACGUCAUCACGCACCGCCUUGCAGCAACGACUGCUUCCGCUGUGGCGGUCACUGUUGUCACAAACAAUCCACCAGGCACCAGGUUGUGUACAUGCCAUUGUCGGCCGUCUAACAAUACAGAAGAGCGCCUCCAGUCUAUCAAGCAGCACCUCACUGUGGACAGAGCUAACCUUUCGGCCACCAGACGCCGGUUGAAGUCUGCGCCUGACCAGCGGAAGUCAGUGAUGGCUGUGGGGAGCAUCAGCGUGGGUGUGUUGGCCGUCCUCCUGCUGGUGCUGGCGGUGCUUGACGUGGACCAGGUGUUACGGCUUGUUACCAGGUGUCAAUAUGGCGUCCCCAGCUCUGAAACCGGGAUGUGUACGGGUAGCGGCCAGACAACAAACUUACCUGUCAAAGACGGAAGAGAAGAAGUGCAAUGAACAGACUCAUGACAGUAGUUGGUCACUGAUACAUCAAUUCAUGACACCUAUCUAGUCAACGUAAUUUGUUCUUUGACCUUGAGAGUAAAUAUAACA